AUCCCAACUCUACUCUUCCAAGCAAGAAUGGAGACGAACACCGGCCCGCUCUCCGUCCAAGCCGACGGCCACGGCGGUGGCGGCCAUGUCUUCCUCCUCGCCUUCCCAGAGGCGCAGGGCCACCUCAACCCGAUGCUUCAGUUCGGCCGCCGUCUGGCCUACCACGGCCUCCGCCCCACGCUCGUCACCACCCGCCACCUCCUCGCCACCCUCCCGCCCCCCGCCGCUCCCUUCCGUGUCGCCGCCAUCUCCGACGGCUUCGACGCUGGCGGCAUGGCCGCGUGCCCCGACUUCGAGGAGUACGGGAGCCGGCUGGCCGCCGCGGGGUCCGAAACCCUGGAGGCGCUCUUCCGCUCGGAGGCCGCGGCGGGGAGGCCCGUGCGCGUGCUCGUGUACGACCCGCACCUCCCGUGGGCGGGCCGCGUGGCGCGCGCCGCCGGCGUUCCCACCGCCGCGCUCUUCUCGCAGCCGUGCGCGGUGGACGUCAUCUACGGGGAGGUGUACGCGGGGCGCGUCGGGUUGCCGGUCGUGGACGGGAGCUCGCUGAGGGGGUUGCUCAGCGUCGACCUGGGGCCGGACGACGUGCCCUCGUUCGUGGCGGCGCCGGAUUCCUACCGGAUGUUCCUGGACGCUGUGGUGGGGCAGUUCGAUGGGUUGGAGGACGCCGACCACGUCUUCGUCAACUCAUACCAUGAACUCGAGCCCAAGGAAGCAGAUUACCUGGAAUCAACAUGGCGUGUUAAGACCAUCGGCCCAACGCUGCCGUCCUUCUACCUGGAUGACGAGCGGUUGCCUUCCAACAAGACAUACGGGUUCAACAUCUUCGAUAGCACAGCAUCAUGCAUGUCAUGGCUAGAUAGCCAGCCCCCUUGCUCAGUGGUCUAUGCCUCGUAUGGAACUGUCGCUGACCUUGAGCCGACCCAGUUAGAGGAGAUAGGCAAUGGAUUGUGCAAUUCUGGUAAACAGUUCCUCUGGGUUGUCAGGUCCGUUGAUGAGCACAAGUUAUCGGAACAACUCCGUGACAAGUGCAAGGAGAGGGGACUAAUUGUUUCAUGGUGCCCCCAGCUUGAGGUCUUAUCUCACAAAGCCACAGGAUGUUUCUUAACUCACUGUGGAUGGAACUCUACAUUAGAAGCAAUUACUACUGGUGUACCACUGUUGGCAAUGCCUCAGUGGACAGAUCAACCAACUACAGCAAAGUACGUUGAGAGUGCAUGGGUGAUUGGUGUGCGGGUGAAUCGUGAUACAGAAGGUUUGGUGAGAAAGGAAGAGGUAGAGAGGUGCAUAAGAGAAGUAUUAGAUGGUGUGAGGAAGGAGGAGUACAAAAAGAAUGCUUAUAGCUGGAUGACGAAGGCUAAGAAGGCAAUGCAGGAAGGGGGGAGCUCGGACAAAAAUAUUGCCGAGUUUGCGGCAAAGUAUGCUUCAAGUUGAUGUUGAAAGUUCCUCUGUGGUAGGAAGGUGUUGUAUUUGGAAUUGUAAUAAUGUGUACACUAUAAUUCUAUACUGUUACAGGGUGUGAAUGUCUAGUUUUCUUGUGUUAAUAGAUUUGUAUAAUUUUCAGAGGUGAAUACUAUGCUAUAAAUUUCAACAUCGUAUAUGCAAUGACACUUAUCUGUGAUUAUAAUAUAAGAUAUGUAGUAUACUCUCUGCCCA